GUCGCCGUCGUCUCCGUCGUCGGCGCCUUCCGCACGGGCAAGUCCUUCCUGCUCACGCUCAUCCUCCGCUACCUGCGCCACGCGGCGCGCGUCGGCGACGGCGACGGCGGGCCGGCGUCCUUCGAGUGGCGCGGCGGCCGCGUGCGCAUGACGACGGGCAUCACCGUCUGGAGCGAGCCCUUCCUCGUGACGGGCGCGGACGGCGAGCAGCUCGCGGUGGUCGUGCUCGACACGCAGGGCCUCUUCGACAACGAGACGCCCAUGGGCCUCACGAGUUGCAUCUUCGGGCUGAGCACGCUCAUGAGCUCCUACCAGAUCUACAACGUGUCGAAC